AUGGCAUCCACAGCAACCCCCGUUGCUUCUGACGAGAAGCAACAAAAACUCGACCUCGCAAUCACCCUCGCCCUCAACACCUGGCCCGCGCUAACCCUGGCCGUGCAAUCCUCCUGGGGCGGCCAAAACUCCUCCGACAAACGCGACUGGCUCUGCGGCGCAAUCUCCGACAUCAUCUCCACCAGACCCGAGACGGAUUCCUACGAUAUUGAAGAUGUUCUCGUGCAAGUGAUGACCGACGAAUUCGACGUUGCGGUUGACGAUGGUUCGGCGGGKGUGGUUGCGGAUCAGAUUAUGACGCUCAAAGGGAAGAUUGAGUUGGGUGAUUAUGAAGAUGUGGAUAGGAUGUGGGCCGAAUAUAAGGAGCGGACGGAGAGGAAAGGGGCGGAACAGCAGGCUGCUAUAUUCAAGCGUGUUGAGACGAAGGAUGAGGAUCAGGAGACGGAUGGGGAUGAUGAUGAUGACGACGAUGAUGAGAAUGAGGAUGAAGAGAUGGGCGAUGCGCCGGCGUUGGUGUCGCGACCGCCUAGAGAAAGGGUUGAGCCUGAGGUCGAUGAGGAUGGAUUUACCAAGGUUGUGGGUAAGAAGAAGCGGUGA